GAUGAAGAGGCCGUGUUGGACAGAGGCAGGACUCGCUCCAUGCUCAAUACCAACUUUGAGAAAGAGGAGUUAGAAGGCCACCGUACUCUGUACAUUGGUGUGCACGUCCCAAUCGGUCGGAGGUCACACCGGCGACAUCGUCACCAUGGACAUCGUCACAGGAAGAGGUCAAGAGAGAGAGACUCAGAAACUGAGGACGGGAGGGAAUCGCCCCCAUACAACACUCCGUCCCAGAGGGUGCAGUUUUUGUUGGGGAUGGAAGAUGAGGAUGAGGAGCACAUUCCCCACGCACUUUUCACUGAGCAGGAUGAAAUUUCUAUGAGAGAAGGAGAGGACGCUGAGUGGAAAGAGACUGCGAGAUGGGUGAAAUUUGAGGAGGAUGUGGAGGACGGAGGGGACAGAUGGAGUAAACCCUAUGUAGCCACACUGUCACUGCACAGCCUGUUUGAGCUGCGCAGCUGCAUCCUCAAUGGCAUUGUCAUGCUGGACAUGAGAGCUAACACCCUGGAGGAAAUUGCAGACAUGGUUCUUGACCAGCACGAGACAUCAUUCCCUCUCGGAGAGGAGGUGCGUGGGAAAAUCCACGAUGCUCUUCUCAAACGGCACCACCACCAAAACCAGAAAAAACUGGCCAACCGCAUCCCCAUCGUCCGCUCAUUCGCUGACAUCGGAAAGAAGCAGUCCGAGCCACACUCGUUGGAUAAGAACGCUGGUCAGAUGGUGUCACCUCAAUCACAGCCGUCCUGCACAGAAGGCCGAAGCGUUGGCAGUCGAGAGAGCAGUGCAGUGGAUUUCAGUAAGAUCGAUCUCCAUUUUAUGAAGAAGAUCCCACCAGGAGCAGAAGCGUCAAACAUCUUGGUUGGAGAACUGGAGUUCCUGGAAAAGCCAGUGGUGGCGUUUGUGCGGCUUUCUCCAGCUGUGCUGUUCGGUGGCCUGACUGAAGUCCCCAUCACCACCAGAUUUCUGUUUAUACUGCUGGGACCGAUGGGAAAAGGGCCUCAGUACCACGAGAUCGGACGCUCUAUUGGCACACUAAUGACAGAUGAGGUGUUCCACAGUGUAGCAUAUAAGGCGAAGGACCGCAGUGAUUUGGUUGCUGGAAUUGAUGAGUUUUUGGACCAGGUGACAGUGCUGCCACCAGGAGAGUGGGAUCCUACCAUCAGAAUAGAGCCACCCAAGAAUGUGCCCUCUCAGGAAAAAAGGAAAAUUCCUUCUCUACCUAAUGUAGUGACUGAUCUGGGAGAGACAGAAGAACAUGGAGGCCAUGGAGGACCUGAAUUACAGCGCACAGGAAAGUGUUUUGGAGGCUUUUGCCUUGAUGUAAAACGCAAAAGUCGUCACUACCUGUCUGACUUCACCGAUGCCAUGAGCCUGCAGUGUCUGGCCUCCUUCCUGUUCCUCUACUGCGCCUGCAUGUCUCCUGUCAUCACUUUCGGAGGCCUGCUGGGGGAGGCCACAGAGGGGCGAAUCAGUGCUAUAGAGUCUUUGUUCGGCGCCUCUAUGACUGGGAUCGCGUACUCUCUUUUUGCUGGGCAGCCUCUCACUAUCCUGGGCAGCACUGGUCCUGUUUUGGUGUUUGAGAAGAUCCUCUUCAAAUUCUGCAAGGACUAUGGACUGUCCUACCUCUCCUUGCGUAUGUGUAUCGGACUGUGGACGGCUUUCUUCUGCCUGAUCCUGGUGGCCACAGAUGCCAGUUCGUUGGUGUGCUACAUUACUCGCUUCACAGAGGAAGCCUUUGCUUCACUAAUCUGCAUCAUUUUCAUCUAUGAAGCUCUGGAGAAACUAGUGCACCUGGGAGAUACAUAUCCCUUCAACAUGCACAAUGACCUCAACAAUCUCACCCAGUACUCCUGUGUGUGCACGGAGCCCAACGACCCAAGCAACAGCACCCUGCAAUAUUGGCAAGAGAAGAACAUCACCAGCUCUGGGAUCGACUGGUUAAAUCUGGAUGUCAAGAGCUGUAUGGAGCUCAAGGGCGAGUUCCAGGGCAGUGCAUGCGGCCAGCACGGCCCCUACAUCCCCGACGUCCUCUUCUGGUCCAUCAUCCUGUUCUUCGCCACUGUCGCCAUGUCUUUCUUUCUCAAAGAGUUCAAAACCAGCCGCUACUUCCCCACCAAGGUGAGGGCAGUCAUCGGUGACUUUGCAGUCUUCAUCACGAUCGUCACCAUGGUGGUGAUCGACUUUUUUCUUGGGAUUCCCUCUCCCAAACUGCAGGUCCCCAAUGAAUUUAAACCUACUAGAGAUGACCGCGGUUGGAUCAUCAACCCUGUGGGACCAAACCCAUGGUGGACAGUCCUCGUCUCCUUCCUCCCAGCACUGCUUUGUACCAUCCUGAUCUUUAUGGACCAGCAGAUCACAGCUGUCAUCAUUAACAGGAAGGAACACAAGCUGAAGAAAGGCUGUGGCUACCACCUGGACCUGUUUGUGGUGGGUGUGAUGCUUGGAUUGUGUUCAGUUAUGGGACUACCGUGGUUCGUGGCUGCCACCGUCCUCUCCAUCACGCAUGUGAACAGCUUGAAGCUGGAGUCCGAGUGCUCAGCGCCAGGAGAGCAGCCCAAGUUUCUGGGAAUCAGAGAGCAGCGCUUCACCGGACUCAUGAUCUUCGUCCUCAUGGGCUGCUCUGUCUUCAUGACUUCCAUCCUAAAGUUCAUCCCAAUGCCUGUGUUAUACGGAGUUUUCCUGUACAUGGGGGCGUCAUCUCUCAGAGGCAUACAGUUCUUUGACCGUCUGAAGUUGUUCGGGAUGCCAGCGAAACACCAGCCUGACUUCAUCUAUCUGAGACAUGUUCCUCUGAGGAAGGUCCACCUGUUCACCAUCAUCCAGCUCAGCUGCCUUGUCCUCCUCUGGGUCAUUAAAACCACCAAAGCUGCCAUCAUUUUCCCCAUGAUGGUGUUAGCGUUAGUUUUCAUCCGUAAGCUGCUGGACUGCAUCUUCACAAAGAGGGAGCUCAGCUGGCUCGAUGACCUCAUGCCUGAGAGCAGCAAGAAGAAAAAAUUGGAGGAUGCACAGGAAGAGGAGAACCACAGUGUGAUGGUGGAGGAUGAGGGAGUUGUCCAGGUGCCACUUGAAGGGCACGACAAGCACGACCCUUCCACAGUCAACAUUUCAGAUGAAAUGACCAAGACUGGUUUUGGACAUUUUUGGAAAAGCCUCAGUCCUGACAACAGCAAAAAUGAUACCAGUGCAAAAAGCUCCCUCUCCUAACCUCCUAGCUGCUGAC